AUGGUGGACAAGCCGGAGCUGUAUGACCCAUUCCAAAAGGUUCGAGGGUUCAAGUACACUGGAUCUUUGAGGGCUGUAUACCCGUUGAGUCCCAAGACAAAAAUACCAGCGCACAUCCGCCGACCGAACUAUGGCCGUGAAGCUGUAAGUAUGGCGACGGCUCACCUCAAGCUGUUCCCAUCGCGCAGGAUCCGUGUGAAUACGACCGAGGAUCAAGAAGGAGUGCGCAAAGUCGCCAAACUUGCUCGUGAAUCACUUGAUCAUAUUGCCGCAAUGAUCCGCCCAGGUAUUACCACAGAUGCACUCGAUGAAGCUCUUGUGCAAGCUUCCAUUGAGCGCAAAUGCUAUCCAAGUCCAUUAGGAUACCAUGGCUAUCCGAAAAGUGUAUGCACAUCUGUCAAUGAGAUUAUUUGCCACGGGAUUCCUGAUCAGCGCCCCCUCGAAGAUGGUGACAUUAUCAAUCUAGAUGUUACAUUGUACCACAACGCAGGAUACCAUGGCGACUUAAAUGCUACGUUUCCUGUGGGUGAAAAGGCGCGCGAGAGCGAGCCACUCAUGCGUCUGAUCCGCACGGCACGUGAAUGUUUGGAUGCGGCGAUUGCUAUCUGUGGACCCGAUAUGCCUUAUGCCGAAAUUGGUCGUGUCAUUGAGCCCAUCGCUAAGGCAAAUGGCUGUUGCGUCGUCAAAGAGUACACGGGCCAUGGCAUUGGUCGUGUGUUCCACGGACCACCCCCAGUUUAUCAUUACCCGACGAAAAAGUCGUAUGGCACAAUGCGACCUGGACAUAUUUUCACGUACGGAGUAUUUCAUUGCUACUAA